UCUGUCCCGUUAUACAUCCAAAUAAGAAUCCAGUACAACUUUAUACACUUCAAGCGCAAAGCUCAUAGCGUCACAAAGUGACGUUCAUGGUCACCUACGGAAUUGCAAGUUGUGCGUGUUGCCGUGGCAACCGCAGAGCAGGUAAGAAAAAAAGUGCUUCAACUUUUCCUUCAGCAGCGAGGACGCUUUCGUGACGUAUACACACAUUUAAUAACACCCAAAAGACGAAUUUCGCUCAUUUGAAUCACGUCGCCGGAUAUAAAUAAACAGCUGUUAUUAAAGCCGAAUUUUCAGGGAAAAUGCCUAUUCAACACCAUCAAGACAUAUUUUGGAAGUUUUGCUGACAAUAUCACUGCAGCAUGUUUGCUGCCACUUCCCAGCUAAGGUCCCACCAUGGAACCUCUGAGACGCACAGCAGACUUUGGAAAGCCAACCUGUAAGGCAAAAAAAAAAGACCCCUCCCCUGUCGAUGCGAGCAGUAAAGCCACUUUACCGCCAUUGUGGCCCGUGCCGUAUUGCCUCUCGGCAUCCUCGCUGCGCAAGAACCUUUUUGAUCCCGCCACCAUUGUUUUUGACGUCCAGUCUGACACGACUGGUCUUGUGGCUCCAGCAGAAUCAGCGAAAGUCCUCACAGAGACAAAAUGGAUUGAAAGGCUUCGAUCAAGAGCCUCUGUGCAAUCAUGCACGGACAAUCCUGAUGACAUAACAGCAGUAGCACGGAGUUUUACAGAGAAAGAUGACUCCAGAGUCACAAUACGCCAGUUAUUCAGUCUUCCCGCCAUCGUGCCAUCUGAAAGUCCUCAUUCUGUGGCGAGAGUUGGAUCACUGAACAUCAUCCCAGAGCCGAAAUGGACAGACAAACCACCAAGGAACGCCUCUGCAUCAUGCACGGACAUCCCUGCUGCGACUGUUGAUGAUGAAGCGGCAGCACGAUGUUUUACAGAAAAAGACGACACACGAGUUGCAAGAAGAGAUUUGCUCAAUCUUCCUUUUAUCGUUCCAAGUAUAUCCUCCGGCAGCCCUCGUCUCGCAGCAUCGCGGAAAGGAAUCUUUGCGAUAAAAUGGACAGAAAAAGCCAGACCCAAGUCCUCUUUAUCAUGUGCUGACAUCCCUGUCACGACAGCCGAUGCGGCAGUAGAGAGUUUUACAGAGACAGAUGAUUUAAAAGAUCGAAGUAAAAAGGCUACCCUGGUUGAGAAGGUUCCUGUCACUGGCAUGGAGAUCGUUCAAAUGUUUGUCAAGAAUAGAGAUUUUGGAGAGCUGAAGCUGUUCUAUUUGAAGGAACCAGAGAGUGACACAUACAGACCCUAUGAUCUGCAAGUGGUCCCAGCUAGCGAGGCCGGUCCCGAGCACUACGUCUUCACCGCCAGCACGGUGCUGCACGUGACACAGAAAGGUUACGGUGGACUCAUUACUUUGGAAGAGUGGUACAGGGAGUCGGUGCUGUGGGCCGCAUUGCAGGCAUUCCCCUUUUUUAGGGCAUUUAAAUUGAGAAAUGCGUUCACUCGAUGGUAUAAAAAUGUCCGUGAGACUGUUUUUAAUCGAAAUUUUGAGAAAGUGCAGGGAUUACUGCUUACAAACAUCCCCCAGUACAGAAAUGGCCUCCUUCUUUUAUCCAAAACCUUAGAGGAUCUCAAAGGGACUCACCUACUACCUCUGGAUGUGUCAAAAACGUACACAUUGCUGGAAUUUCAGAAAGGACUGCACACCAGUAUGCAAGACGUUCUGCGCAACCUGAGGAGGUUAUCACAGUAUCGGGUUGCCAUUCUUAGUAAGGCCAAAGAGGAGAGUUUCAAGGUCCUGCAGGAGCUACAGCUGCACCUGGAGUACGCAGACAAGCAACGCCAUUGCUGCAAACCCAUUCACCUGCAUCAGGCUCACCUGCACGAGCUGCAGAAGGAGUUUGCACGUGCCGAGAGCAUCAUGCAGAAGCUGGGGAACUUUGCCACCCUCAUCGAUCAAAUCAUCGUGCAGAGUCUCAUUACCAUCAUCCUACAUAACACAACGUCUUUCCUCUGUGUUCUGAAGAGGGAAACAUCUCCGGAUGGAUGCCUUUUCCAAACUGACUUGUGUUUCGGUGAUGACAGUCAGCUGUCUCUCAACCCACCUUUACAUCUCUUCCAAGAAACCGUCAGUCAGGCACUUCAGAAUGUUGCUGACUCUAUAUACCAGAUGUGUGACACUUGUGGAUUUUUCCUGGAGGUCAGCAUCAGCAGUCUUGGUUGUCAAGACAAAAAACCUGACCUCAGCUGUCCAUCUCCUGUUGUCGGUGACUUUUUAGGUGGAAUACAGGACAAUGACAGAACGCCUGGUCUCACACAUUAUAGCUGCUGUCAGUGGAUCAACGAGCAGCGUCCUAACUGGACUAGGACGGCUCUGCGGGGCCACAGGAUACCCGGUUCCUUCUAUCCUCUAUCCAAAGAACAACUUAUGUGCCACAGCGCCGUCAGUGAUGUUUCCAAACACAUCUGCAGAGAGCAGGCUGAGCUGAUGCAGGAAGCAGAGUCAGAAAUGCAUCAGCAGUUAGAGCGUAACAAGUGGUUGGUGGAUAUCCACGUCUUCCUCAUCCAGUGGGGUCCUGCCUCUUUGGAGAACAUGAAAGGCCAACCCGCUACAUUGUAUCAGGAGCUGAUUGACAAGCUGCGCCACUGGUUGGAAAGAGUCCACACAGUCCCUUCAUUGAUCUCGACUUCCAAACAACUAUUUAUCAUCCACUGCAUCGGCUUGAAGGAACAUCUAGGACAGCAGUUGAGUUUUAUUGAAAAGGAAGUACAGGAACAGGUAGUUGAGCAAAUGAAACUACAUUCAGAAAGUCUCAUGUGUGACUUGGAGGAAGUUAUUACCGAUCUCAGGAUGGAGCCCAAAGACUUGCAUGACUUCGCAAAAUAUGCCGAUAUGGUGUGGAAGUCUAUGAACAUGCUGACGGAAACGCAGAAACGUUUGGAAUAUGUUCACUCCCUUCAGGACACUAUAUGCCAGAAUUACAGAGCGAUGACCACCCAGGAGCUGAAUUUGGAGCAAAGGAUGUUAGACAUAUGGAAUUGCUAUUACUCAGACUUAAAGCAAGCAGAAAGCAAAGUGUGCUCCCGUCUUCCCACUGUGGCUAAUGCAUUGGACACAAUGUUCCCAAUGUUGGCUUCCGAUCUCAAAACUAUGGUUUGUAAGGCUACUUCUGGGCCAUUCCUUGAUCCAAGGCAAAACGCUGACAAGAUGGCCUCCGAACUGAACUACAUGUGUCUGCGUGUGGAGACUAUCACAGCAAAUCUGGAACAGCUUUGCCAGACUGGAGAAGUCCUCCAAGUGGACUUGACCGAUGUGACAGACAUUAAUAAGCUGACCGCCCGUAAGGAGCUUUGGGAGCUGAUAGCGCUUUACAGACGAUGUUUACAUGGAUGGGAGAAGGUGCUCUUCAUCCAGCUUGAUGUAUCACAAUCCCAAGAGAACAUUUCCCAGUGGCAGCAGCAAGUUACAACUCUGACAAACACCAUACCUGCUGAUGAUGCAGUCCUGCAGGAGGCUUCAGAAAAUCUUGAACAUUUAAGUCGUCAAUUUAAUGUCUUGGCCAGGUUUCUCAGCCCUGCGAUCAAACCAAAACAUAGGAACAUUUUUUUCCAAGGCAUCGGGCUAACGCGUGCCUCUGAUAAAAACGUAACUGUUGCUCAGCUGAUUUGUCAACCGUUGGACGUUCCCCAGAAAUUCAUCAACAAGAUAUGCAGCGAUGCACAACAUGAGUAUGAAAUGGAAGAAACCUUCCAAAAAAUUCAGGAGGGAUGGAAAAACAGAAUGUUCCAGCUGCAUAAUUUAACAGGUCCUUGUCAGCAUGGUGAGUUAUCAGAAGAGGAUCUCACUUCGGACACCUAUUGUGAUGUCAAAAUUGUAAUUGGUUUGGAAAUUAUCUUCACUGACCUACAACAUGAUUUGAUGACUUUGACAAACAUGCAAAAGUCCCGGCACAGUGUGGACUUCAGAUUGGAGGUAGAAGAGUGGAUGAACUCACUACAAGAUCUUGAGAAGCUAUUGCAUUUUUUGGAACUAUAUCAGCAAAAAUGGAUCUUCCUAUCAAACACCUUUAAGGAGACAUCCUUGGGUGUUCAAAGAUGGGAUCUGCUGGCACAAUUUAAGUCAGUGGAUGAGACUUUCAAGAUUAUGCUGCAUUGUAUCGUCAAUCACUCCAAUGUGUUGAAUCUUGUUCAUCCCACAAUGGCUAACGACAAAUUCCACGGUGCAAGCCUUGGCCAAAUUCUCAUAGACGGCCUUUCGACAAUGGUGGCUAUUUCCAACCAGAUAGCCAAUCACCAUCAUUCUCUCUGCAGAGCCUAUCCAAGACUGUUCUUCUUAAGCAGUGGGGAAGUUGUAGAGCUGCUUUCUGUAAAAGUGACACCUACCUCUGUGUUACCUUUUGUGCGGAAGUUCUUUAAAGGGGUACAGUGUCUUGAAGUGGAAGAAACAUCUGAUACAGCGGAUCUGAAGGCAACAUGUGACUGCCACGAGCACAAGCGGGUACUUGGGGUUUUUGGCAAUCUCCUGGAGCACAUUACUUUUCUCUCUCCUUUGGAACUGAACCCCAAUCCCUUGUUUUGGCUCAGUAUGUUUGAGGAGCAACUCAAGUUCUCCAUGAAACAACUCAUGAAGAAAUGCGCUGAUGAACAAAAACACCUGGAACCAACCGGUGAAAACUCUGCAUUUGAUGAUAGCCAAGUUGGAUUAACUUUGCUGGAUCUGACUUCUAAAUACCCCCUUCAGUGUCUUCUUGUGGUGGCGGAAAUAACAUGGUACCGUGCCCUUCAUCUGGCUUUUCAGGAAUCAAACUCAGUACAGCUGAGUACUAUUAACACAUUCAACACUGCACAACUGGAAAAUCUUUGUCAGUAUCUAAGAGAUGCAGAGUUUUCAAUGUAUACAAUGACAUGCUUGCAUACUUUGGUCCUACUUACAAUCAAGCAUGCACAGCAGAUAACUCAACUCAUGCAAGUACAAUGUCCUCCAGAAUGCUCUUUUGAAUGGCUAAGUUACCUCAAGUAUUGUAUCACGUCAGAAGAUCAAAAUCUAAAAGAAACCGAUGAGCUACAAUGUUAUGUGGAUGUUAUGGACCAUCGACUCCAAUAUGGUUAUGAGUAUUUUGGUCCGGAGGGCUGGGAAAUGGUGCAUACCCCUUCCACAGAUCAGGGGAUGAUGGGGAUUCUCCUCGCAGUGAUGUGGUAUCGAUGUGGAUUUGUGAGUGGACCUAGCAUGUCAGGAAAGACAAAGACCGUACUCCAGUUAGGGAAAGCACUUGGCAGGCUCGUUGUGAUGCUACACUGUUGCCCAAACAUGGCGCCUGAUAUUUUUCAAAAGAUGUUGCUUGGUGCUCUUUUGACUGGAGCAUGGUUUGUGCUGGACUCUGUGGACAUAUUGCCUCAAGGUGUCCAAGCAUCACUGGCACAACAGCUAGAGGACAUUUACCAGAGUUUUUCUGGGUUGUCAAAAAAGAAGAAACAAGGUGUGAAAGAGCAGGAAAAGACUGAUCUAGAAAUGGUAUUUUCAGGGGUAAGCAUUACCGCUAACCCCAACUAUGGAUGUGUUCUCAUAUCAUCAAAGGAACACACCUCUGAGAUUUCACAAAGUCUGCGAUUUUCAACAAGACCCGUGGCAUUGGCUUAUCCCAAUUAUGGCAUUAUGACAGAGGUAAUGUUGACUUCUUUUGGAUUUACAGAAGCAGCGUCUUUGAGUCAACGUCUGGUGUGUCUUAUCAGCCUCACCAAGGACUGCCUUUGUCUUCCUGACUUCAGCACACAAGACCAGGGUGGCCACCUUGUUCUCUUGCAGAGUAUCUUGUCUGCCUGUAAAAAACAAUUCAAAGAAAUCAGUCUGGAUCAGAAAUUUUCAGGUUCGGCUAGACAAUCUCUGGUCAUAGAAGCUAUUCUUACAUCUCCAGAAAACGACAAUGCAGAAGAUUUUAACGAGGAUCAAGAACAAGCGAUUCUACCAAGAUUAUUGGAAGAGAUAGCUUUUGUCAAAGCGAUUCAUUCAGUUUUGUCGCAAAUUAUUUAUAUGCCUGAGAAAGCAUUACAGUUCAACUCCAUUUUCAAAGACAUGUUUCCAAUAGCUUGUCAGCUUCCUUUUAUCCUACAAUAUACAAAGGAAGAACAAGACAAUGGACUUAUAGAGGCAGUGAAAGAUGAAUUAGAACAUCAGUUGUGUCAGUCUAACUCAGAAAUAAUUUGCCAGGUUUGUACGCUUUACCAAACCUUGAGAUUAUCUCGGGCAGUUAUACUCGUCGGACCCUCUGGGAGUGGAAAGACUACUUGUUACAAUACCCUUGCGGGAGCCCUCAGUAAGCUGGCGGACAAAACAUAUAUCUCUGAUAAGAAGCUUAAAACCGGUAACACUUGUAUAGAGCAACAAACCUGGAGCUAUGUCAACACAGUGGUCCUAUUUCCAAAUGCCAUGUCUCAUGAGGAGCUAUUUGGCAGAUUCUCUGAUAAAACCGGGUGGCAAGAUGGAGCGAUGGCCAAGGCAUUGAGAGAUUCAGGAAGACACAAACUUAGAAAAUUAGAAGGAAAGAACCAAAGCCCUGACACCAAAGCAGAGAAAUGGCUUAUAAUGGAUGGCAAGCCAGUGGGGCAACCCGGCUGGCUCGAUCACAUGGCCGUACUGAGCACUUAUGAAGAACCGUCUUUAACCCUACCAUCUGGUGAAACACUGGUGCCUUCCGAGUCACACUUCAAGUUACUCGUGGAAACCACUGACCUUAGUCACGCAAGCCCCUCUGCAAUGACCUAUUGCAGCCUCAUUCAUUUCACCGGCAAUGAUCUUUGGAAAGAUGUGUGGACCAGCGAAAUGGAUUCUAUCUGUUACAGCCACAUUCUGGAUCAAGAGACUUUGAAAAUGUGGACUGAAUUGGCAGAAGAUCUUUUCCCAAGCACUCUCAGGUCACUGAUGAAGAAUGGGAUUUCUACUAAAGGUCAAUCCUACACAUAUGGGCUGACAGAAAUCAUGUCGUUCAUUCGAAUACUGCGUGCCCUCCUGCAGCAUUUUUCCAAGGAGCUGAAAAAGGAUGAAGUGCAAAAAGACACAAGAGAUACAGAUUUCUCAACAAACAAAGAGAUUUUUCUCCUGGCUUAUAUUUGGGGAUUCGGCGGGAAUCUUCAUCCAAGACUCUGGCCACAAUUCGACGAUGUUGCCCGCCAAGAGCUGGCUAAUUGUCGAUAUAAGGUUGAGUUCCCAGAAGAAGGGACUGUGUUUGAGUUCUUUUUUAACAUUGACAACAGGAUAUACUCCAACAACACAAUGUUGACAAAGUCCAUCACUCCCAAGUAUUGGAAAUAUACCUGUCUGCUGACCGUCAUGUUGGAGGCAAACCAGCCAGUGUUGCUUGCAGGAGAACCAGGUUCAGGAAAAAGUACAGUGUGUAACAUCCUGCUGCGUUUUGAUAAGCCGCACAUUAAACUACCUGCUAGUUCUAUGCGGGGUCCCACCGACCUGCGCCAUUUAUUGUGCGGAAUUAGCCACCAGAGGACCUGUCAAAGCACCAAGGGCAUGAUGAGCAAACAGCCUGGGCUGUUGCUUUAUGUGGAUGACCUCCAUGAAACACCAUGUGAUGUGACUGGGAAGAUUUCGACGAUUUUAGAGACUCUACGACAAAGUAUUUCAAAAUCAGGGGUUAUCGCUUGUGAUACUCACCACUUGGAGGUGCUUAGUCCUGGAACCAUUACCUACCUGGCCACCUGUUGCAUCUUAGAACUGGACAAUCCCCACGUUAACGUGAUAUCCUCCAGACUGUUACGUCUGUUCUCCAUCUUUGUGCUCCCAAGCUUAACCACUGAGUUGAUAUUGUCCAUUCAUUCGCCCCAGCUCAAACUCUGGCUCAAGGAUAUAUCGUUCAUCCCGAGUGUGACUGGCAUGGUGACCUGUAUCAUCACAGCCACUAAAAACUUGUAUGAAUAUGUUUGCAACCAUUUCCAACCCACUCCACAGAAGCCAUGUUUUAUGUUUUCCCAUAUUGACCUACAGAAAGUAUUUCAGGGACUAUGCUUAUGGCGGCCUGAACUUCCAAAAUCUGAAACAGAAGACCCAAAUUUACAAUGUAUAUGCUCUCCUAUUCUUCAAAAGCCUUUCGUCACAGAUCUUAACAUUGUACAUUUGUGGGUGCACGAGUGCAAACGUACAUUUAGUGAUCGGCUCAGCUCAGAGGACGACAACAAAACACUGGAGUCAUUCAUUACCAAGGAAGCUAGUGCACAGUUUAGAUUGCAGUUGCCCGAUGACUGCUACCUUGACGCUUUGACACUCUUUAUGCAAUGCUUCACGAGUCACACAGCACACUCAGACACAACUCCAGAACCAAAAGGAACUACAUUGACACAACCAUUGUCCCCUCUUCUGGAAAAAAAUCCCUGUGUAGUUCCAAGACGACAAUCCCAGUUUAUCCAGCACUUGCAAGAAGUUGCCGCUAAGCUGACAUAUGGCCCACAGUUUUUUGACAAUUCGAUAUUCAAAUGUAACUGUUCUUAUCAGCCACGAGAUAUUGAUGCACUCGCACAGGACCUGUCUGCUCUCAUAGACAUGAAAGAAGACAACAAAGAACAGGAGAUUGACGCCACCCUUACGUCCAAAUAUGUUGUACACAAACAACGGAUGCAUCAGCUGUUGCAUAUCAUCAGGGCUAUCCUCAUACCUGGAGGUCACGGAGUACUAAUGGCGUCAGACAGAAACACAGGACGUAAGACCACCGUGCGUCUAGCUGCCUAUGUCACGGGCUGCCACCUGAUGGAGGUACACGCCGGUAAUGAGGGCCAGUUGCACACAAUUUUAAAAGAUGCUGGGAAUCGAACUCAAGUCAGUGGAAUUUAUACUGUCAUCCUGGUUCACGAGAAUAUAAGCUCCUCUGUCAGGGAGGAGCUACUUGUGGCCCUUCGAGCCUACCCGGGGCUCUACACAGACCAGGAGCUGGCCAAGCUUGUUUCUCGGGUGACUGCUGUGAAUAAAACAAAAAAAUUCCUCUUGGACAGCUGGAUUUUUGACAAGUCCUUGUGCCAAAACCUCAGAGAUGUGCAUGUAUUCCUGUUGAUGCCUUUUGUUGCAACAGCCAACAGUGGGAACCAUGAAUGCAAGGCACAAAUGACCAAAGCGUUGGGCCUCUGCUGUGUUGAGCUGUAUAAGCCUUGGUACAACCAAUCUUUAGAGGAAGUUGCUGCUCAGUUCUUGACAAAAAUGAGCCAAAACGUCAACAUACAAGGCUCCUCACAGGCUGGCCUGGCUGCAGCUAUGGCGGGAAUCCAUCAGUCUGCAUAUCAGUAUGCAUCUGCUCUUCUAAUGACACAGCCGUUCAGCCCUUACACCUAUAUGGAGUUCAUUUCCCACUUUAGUUACAUCUGCAAAGUCCUGCACAAGGAAUUGGACGAUCGUACCAACAGACUCAAUGCUGGUCUAUCUCAUUUGGAUGCUCUGGACAUAAUCGCCAUGAAGUACAAACAAGAAUUAAUCAGAAUGCAGAGAAAGGUUGCUGAGAUACAGCAGCAUGUCAAUGAGCUCCAAGGAGCUAUAGACCAUCACAACAACCUACUUAAGAAAGCUGAAAAAAAAUGUGCCGCACAGGAGAGAAAGAUAGACAUUCUUGAGGCCAAGAUCGCUGCAUCUGAGAAAGUGCUGAGACCGUUUUUUGUGGCAGCCCUCAGCGUGCUAGAAAGUCUGGACCCGUUAGACCUAGAGGAGGUGCGCCACUAUAGAGACCCACCCGAUGGAGUGGUGAUGGUCAUGGAUGCCGUUUGUGUGCUAUUUGACCGUCCACCUGGUUGGGACAAUGCAAAAAGACUUUUUGGGCAGUGCAACCUGUAUAAGUGCCUGGAAUUGUUUGACUUUUACGGCAUUACAGACAGACAGAUGCGACAACUAGGUCAGUUAAUUGCAAACCCCAUGUUUGUGCCAGAGUGUGUGCGCGACGUGAGCAGGGCCUGCGAGGCUCUGUCCCGCUGGGUCCUGGCCGUGUACAGAUGUGGCCGUAUGAGGCAUCAUCUGAUAAUCAGGAAGCAGCUGGAUGGGCGGGCUAUGGAGGCAAAAGCCCGACUGCAGCAGAUCAAGAGUUACAUAGAGGACAUAAAUCGUCGUCUCGAAGAUCUCCAUGUUAAGCUGCAGCCUGUUCAAAAGUUGCUGGACGAGCAACUGCUGCUGUUACAUGAAGCUGAGGAAUUGGAGAGAAAGGCUUCUUACGCUGUAGAAUUGUUGGCGAGACACACUAAAGUAUGGAGAGCUGCAGCUCAGGAAUCACUGCUUGAGAGACAAAGAGUACCAGGAGACUCUGUGGUCCUGGCUGCCAUUAUGUCAUAUUUGGGCCCCUUUGCGGCUGAUACGCGCAUUGAAUUGCUGAGCAAGUGGAAGCAGUUGUGUCAGACAGGAAGCAUCGACACAAAUCCCAAAGACCCCAGAAAUUCCUUGUUCGCCUCGCCUGACAUCACACCUUCCGAGUCCAUCACAAGUUUUCCUGUCGCUUUAUCCGAGAUGCCGAGGAAUCCUCUGUGUCGGGCGCUGGGAAUUAAACAUGACUGGCCACUACAAGAGACCUCAUCCACCAGAUUGGAGAUGAAGCUCCUGCUGUGGGGCUGCAGGAGGAACUGGGUUAAACACUGGCCACUCUUGGCUGAUACACAGCAUCAUCUAGAGAUCAGCUCUCAUAAUGGGGUCAUCACAGGCGAAACAGGCGACGAUUCCAGUCUUGGGAAAGAAUUAGAGUGUGAAAUAGUAGUUUGUGCUGAUGAUCCGAGGCUAUUGGGCCACUUGAGCAUGGCUGCUGAGAAAGGUUUGAAAGUCCUGGUUACUCAUGUAGAACGUGCAACAGCCAGUCCACAUUUUCUUGCUAGACUGUCCCGUCCAGGUGGGUGUUGCCCCCCUGUGUUAAAACAGAACCCCCUCCAGACACACCGUGAUUUUUGCCUCUUCCUCAGUACCCACCUACCUGCCCGACUGCUCAGCAGCGCUGUCCAUCCAUCCAUACUGGCUGAGGUGUUUGUGGUUGACCUCUCGCCGAGCUCGGAUCAGAUCCAGGAGCUAAUGCUGACACAGCUACUGCAGUCGGAGUUCAAAGAGAUGCUGAUUCAACACCUGCGGAUACAGAAUGACAAGCAGCUGCUGCAGAAGAAACUGGCCACAGAGGAGGACUCUGUAAUGGACGCCAUCCUGCAGUCCAACGCCACACUGAUGCAGGAGUCCGGCUUCCUCUCACAUGUGGCUGUGAUCCAAGAAUCAAUGACAUAUGCGGAAACUGAGACCCAGCUUGUGAAUGAGGUGAAGGAGUACCUGGAGCCCCUGCUGGAUGCUUUUCAGCAGCUUGUCAAGCUGGCUGUACUCUUCUAUCAAGCUUUGCAGCAGGUUUCUCGCCUCUCCCCAGCCUAUUACUUUCCCUUAUCUGGCUUCCUGGCAGUGAUGCAUGAGGCCUUUGUUGAGAAGGGCAGAACGCUUGUAUCGUAUGCCACCGGGCAGGUUCUGGGGGGAGUCAUACCAGAGAUCAGAAACAAAAUGGUGGCCAAGUUGCUGUUCCACUACAGGCCGCGUCUGUUUAAAAGUCACGGUGCUGUUCUCAAACUGUUGGUGACUUUGGCUGUGAUGCAACACAACCAGCUCUGCUCUCCACCUGAGAGGACAGCCUUCCUCAGGGGAAUCAAAGAUAUUCAAAACCUUGAAACUCAUGCUGCACCAUCCUCAACAGAAAUACCGACUUGGAUAUCUCCUCAUGUUCACUCAGACCUCAUCUGUUUGGAGAAGAUGUCAUGUUUUAGAGGACUCAUUGACUCUCUGGCGUCUUCACACGAGCUGUGGCAAAAGUACCUGCGGUCCCCUUCCUCCGUUGUAGCAGGACCGGUUCCGUGUGACUCUCACUCCCAUCUGUCAUUAAUGCAGCGGGCUCUCCUCUUGAAGACCUUGAGCCCACACUGCGUGGAGGAACUUACCAAGGCCAUGGCUACAUGCCAGCUCUGCCCGCCUCUCCAUACAGCAGCGAUUAAUGCACCCCACUGCGGGAACCCAAGGGCUCUUCAUCCAUUUCUUGUCAACCACGAGGGACCCGUCAUACUAAUAUGGCCCUGUGUAUCUAAGGAUAAAUGGACAAGCAUUCAACCUCUCCUUUUGGUGAAACAGUUGGCCUCCAUUGCAGGAGACACAAAGGAGGUGAAAGUGAUUUCUGCAGGGCUUUGUGACAGCGAGGUCACCAUCGCAACUCUAGGCAAAGCAGUUAGAGACGGCCAUUGGUUGGUUUUUAAUGACUGUCACUUGCUGGAGCAAUGGGACGCUAACCUAGUGGCACUCCUUAAUCAGCUGGUGGCUCCUUCCAUCGGAAGAGGACACCUGAAAAAUCCUCACCCAAACUUCCGAUUGUGGUUUUUAACUGAAGAAACAGCCUCUUCCAUACCAGCGUCAGUGCGAAUGCGUGCCCUGCCUCUGGUUUGUGACACUUGCUGGGAUGUGAAGGAAGAGCUGAGCUGCUCUUUGCAACUUUUGUCAUCUGUUGCGCAGCGUCAGACAUCUACAUGCGUCAUGGCUGACAACAUGAAGCUCCUUCUGCGCUGUGCAACUUUCCAUACAGUUUUAUUACAAAGAGAAGCCUACAAACACCUCAGCCAGGCCAGAAUGUACAGAUGGAGCCAAGCGGAUCUUCUUGCUUGGGUGGAAGCUCUCAUUUCCAUUGCCAAUCACUGCCACGACAAGACUAAAGCUUUACAAUACAUAACAGUCAACCUUGUGUAUGGUGGCCAUGUUCUGGAGUCUAUAGAUUCACAGGUAGUCCAGAGUAAUGUUGAUACCUGCUUCAGCACAGAGUCACAUCUGGACAUUGGACCGCACACGCUUGCAAAUAUCAUCAGCAGCACUGAGCACCGUGAUUUGUCCAAACUGAUACAAGUCCUGAGUAGACUUCUCUCGAAUUCACUGGACAUCAGUGAUCCUACUCUAUUGGGUUUCAGUGCUGAUGUGCCAGAUGAAAUCAUCAAGCUCAAUAGCCAAAAACUGAACCUACUCCUGCAGGUAUCCCAGAUUCCUGGAGGUGGAGCCACAUCUUCCAGCAAGGACAUAGCGACUUCGCCAAAACUUAGCAAUGCCAGAGAGCGACUUCAGGCUCUACAGGACUACCUCACGCAUGAAAAUCACAUCCGUACAAGAAACGCGGGCGCUGUUUUCCAAAGCCCCCUUUAUGACUUCCUCCUGGCCGAGUGGAAUGAGCUCAGUGCCUCUGUGUUUUCGUUGAUCUCUAAGCUCAGACAGCCACUUCGAUACAUGUCGGAGACUGUUCUUUCCUUCCCCGACCUCACCGCACUGUCUCGUUUGGAGCGGCGGGCGGAGCUGCUCAGUGCUUAUCUGUGGCGUGACAACACUUCUGCUCCACGUAGCGCCUACAGGCUGUCUGCUUUCAGCAAUGCCAAGGGUCUUCUGGUGGCCCUGAGGAGAAGGGCCGCUCAACUGCAUCAUAAGUACAUCAGCGAUAUCGCUCUGCAUUUUGAGGUCCAUCGCGAGGAUGCAUUCUUUCAAAUUCCUCCAAAGGAGGCCGUUUACUUGUGCGGCCUGCACCUGAGAGGAGCAUCGUGGGAGGCACAGAUUGGAGCAUUAGAAAAUACACUCUCCCCUCAGCCCUGCUCCAUGCCUCUCAUUUGCGUCACGGCCAGAGUGAAAGAACUUAAUAUCCUACCUUCCAGGAGCGCUCUUCCCAUCUACCAGUGUCCCAUUUAUGUGGAGGACUUGGACACGGGAGAAGAGGGACUAGCUGACUUUAGCUCAGUCGCAACUGUUCCACUUCCUUGCAAUUCAGACCUUUCUUUGUGUAGUUUAAGGAUGGUUCGGUUAGUGAGUAAGCUGUGUGACAGUUAGACACACAUUGAUUUGCUGAACCUUGGUUUGUAUUCAAUAUGUGAUGUUGGCAUCCUAGAUUUUUAUAUGACAUUGUUUUUUUUUCAUUAAAAUGGUUGUCCUUUCAUGGUGAUAAUUAAGUAGAGAAUAAAAUUCCUCUGUACCUCCAUUAUUUCCCUAUUCCAAACAACAUUUCUGGACUGACUGCCUUAAAAAAUUGUCAGUUUGUCUUUCAAAGCUUUCUCCAAGUUGGUUGAGGCCGUAUUGAAAAUGUUUAA